CGGGGUCCGGCGCGUCUCACCCGGGGCAAGGUGUACCCCUUGGAUACUAGUUGAGACCAUGGGAGCGGCGUUGGCAAGAGCAGCUCAGUGGACUGCUGCUGGUUCUGGAAUCGGCACACUUGAAAUCACCCCUUUGAACGAAUCUCUUUUAAAUCAAAUUAUUAAGUUUGCAGAGGACUUCAGCACUAGGCAUCCCCAGGAAGCAGCGUUUGUCUUCAGAGAGCCCCUUGAGUGGAAAACACAAUUGGGCUGUUCAGUAUUUGAAGAGGGUUAUGAGAUCCAUGGAGCAACUGUUCAGUCUGAAGCCAAAGGUAAAGAUGGCCAGCCAUUGCUUCUCCUCACAGCAUCAACUCUCAGAGUUCGCAGUUUUGACCAGCUGUCCCAUUUGCUACAAAUUGCUAUGGAAAAAAAGCUAAAGGAAGCACAGGCAUGCCUUGAAGCUAACAGAGAUCCUAUAAUGAAAAUUCUUGGCCCUGAAUGUGGGACUGUUGAAGGAGAAGAUAUGUCCAUGUUGCAUUUACUUGAAAAAGUGAAAAAAGAUGAUGACCCUGAAACAGAGAUGAAAAUGAAAAUCUGUCUUCUUCUUCAUCAGCUGGAUUUGCAACUGCUUAGUAGUUCUUUGAAACACAUUUCACAAGAUGUAAGACUUAAUCCAGCUGCUAUAAAUAACGAAGUGAAUCUUCUCAAGAAUUUCUCUGGGAAAGGAGAAGAUACAGUACUGGAAUCAUUGGAAUAUACAUCAGAUUACAUGUUCUGUAAUGGAUGCCGAGCUCCUCCCUGGAGACAAGUGCAUGGAGAAAUUUGUUAUUUAGUCAUCAAACCACAUGACACUGAUCCUUUGUAUAUCACUUGCAGCACAGCAGGAGUGUUUUUAAAUGGAGGUCAGCAAAAGGGUAAAGAUGACAUUGACUAUGAAAGAAAAAGUGAUGUAUAUAAAGAUAUUGUCACAUUUUUAAGCAAGAGAUCACCUAGAUUUGUAGAAAAUAUGGCUAAACAGGAAUAUAAUUUUUUUAAAGAACCAACAUAUGAGAAGAAUUAUCAGCGUAUGGAAGUAGUUGAUGCUAAGGUCUCUGGCCAAUCCCAGAACCUUUAUGAUCUUACUGAAAAGAAUAUAGCUGCUAUUGGUCAUGAUUGGAGAUGUAAAACAUCGGGCAGGUUUGAAGACAUUAGUGAAAGUUCGUCAGAGACUGAGGAAGAUGAAGAACAGCCUGUACGUCAUCAGGAAGGAAACACCGAUUUGCCAUCGGAAUACUGGGGAAUUCAGAAACUUGCAAAAUAUUUAAAGGGAGGUAAUCCAACAGCUACUGUAAUCGCAUUGUGUUCAAUGAGAGAUUUCAAUCUGGCUCAAGAAACUUGUCAGCUGGCCAUCAGAGACAUUGGAUGUCUUGAAGUGUUAAUUAAUUUACUUGAUACAGAAGAAAUUAAAUGUCAGAUUGGUUCAUUAAAAAUCUUGAAGGAAAUUAGUCAAAAUACACUGAUCAGACAUGCAAUUGCAGAUCUUGGGGGCUUACAGAUCAUGGUGAAAAUACUGGACUCUCCAGAUAAAGAUCUAAAAUGUUUGGCAGCUGAAACAAUUGCUAAUGUUGCUAGAUUUAAACAAGCACGAAGGACAGUAAGGCAGCAUGGAGGUAUCAAGAGAUUGGUGGGGCUGUUGGAAUGUAUUUCAGUGGGAUCAACCAGUUUAACACCAUACCAAUCAAAAGAUACUGAAAUAGCACGCUGUGGGGCUUUGGCACUCUGGAGCUGCAGCAAAAGCACCAAAAAUAAAGAAGCAAUCCGUAAAGCUGGUGGCAUUCCAUUAUUAGCUAGAUGGCUCAAUUCUUCACAUGCAAACAUCUUAACCCCAGUAGUGGGGACACUACAAGAAUGUGCCUCAGAGCCAAGUUACAGACUUGCAAUAAGGACAGAAGGAAUGAUUGAGAACCUUGUGAAAAAUCUGAGUAGUGAACAUGAGGAGCUUCAGAUGCAUUGUGCAAGUGCCAUAUUUAAGUGUGCGGAAGAUAAAGAAACACGUGACCUGGUUAGACAGCAUGGAGGUCUACAACCACUGUCUGUUCUGCUUGGUAACUCUGAAAACAAACAACUUCUAGCAGCUGUGACAGGAGCAAUCUGGAAAUGUGCAAUCAGUGGAGAAAAUGUGUCAAAAUUUCGGGAAUAUAAAGCCAUAGAAGCUUUGGUAGGACUGCUUAGUGAUCAGCCUGAAGAAGUCCUUGUAAAUAUUGUCGGGGCACUGGGAGAAUGUUGCCAAGAGCAAAUAAAUCGAACUAUUAUCCGUAAAUGUGGUGGCAUACCACCUCUAGUGAAGUUACUUACUGGCACUGAUCAAGCACUACUUGUGAAUGUCACCAAAGCAGUGGGAGCUUGUGCAACAGAACCUGAAAAUAUGAUGAUAAUUGACCGUCUAGAUGGAGUUCGUUUGUUAUGGUCAUUGUUGAAAAAUCCUAAUCCAGAUGUUCAAGCAAGUGCAGCUUGGGCUAUUUGUCCUUGCAUUGAAAAUGCUAAGGAUGCUGGGGAAAUGGUUCGAUCCUUUGUUGGUGGCUUGGAACUGAUAGUCAAUUUGCUAAAAUCAAAGAAUAAAGAAGUUUUAGCAAGUGUAUGUGCAGCAAUUACAAAUAUAGCUAAAGAUGAAGAAAAUUUAGCUGUUAUAACAGAUCAUGGAGUCGUCCCUCUGUUGUCCAAACUAGCAAACACAAACAAUGACAAAUUAAGACGUCACUUAGCAGAAGCCAUUUCCUACUGUUGCAUGUGGGGGAGCAAUAGAGUUACCUUUGGAGAGACCAAGGCUGUAGCUCCUUUAGUGCGUUACUUGAAGUCAAGUGAUCCAUUAGUUCAUAGAGCUACAGCUCAGGCUUUAUAUCAACUUUCAGAGGAUCCCAACAACUGUAUCACCAUGCAUGAAAAUGGAGUGGUGAAGCUCCUACUGGCUAUGGUAGGCUCUACAGAUGAAACUCUGCAGGAGGCAGCAGCUGGUUGCAUAGCAAACAUUCGCAGAUUGGCUCUAGCAACAGAAAAAGCAAAGUAUGGCUGA